GCGAACCGAGCGCCGCGUGAGCAGCACGCUGUGGAAUCACGUGACAGUGAAGUGAAGUGACAGAUUGACAAAAUGGAGAGAAUAUUAUUGUUUUUCGUUGUGCUUGUGCUGGUGGAUGGAUUCAAGCAUCAGUCCCAUCAUCCCAAGUUCCCCAAGCAGCCCGAUGAGGGCGAACACAUAAGAAAAGUGGCCUGCGACAGCUCCCACGACCGCCUAAGGAACGAGCUCAUAGAGAAGUCCCAGUGUGGCGAACCCAAGGAGGUAUUUGUGGAGCUCCCCGUCACCGCUUCCUACCUGCAGGUCAGCCCCAGUUCCGUGUGGGUGAAGCGCUGCGUCGGCCUAUGCGACUUCGAGGCCCCUGGCUCCAAAUGCGUCGCCACCAAGACCAGAUUCGAGGCAGUGCCGGUGCGAAUAUACAACGCCAAGACGAAGAAGGAGACGUGUUCGACUUACAACGUGGAGGUGCACGAGGCGUGCGGCUGCUGCGCCGCCACGGCCGCCUCCUGCGGCGCGCCGAGGGUGUUCAAUCCUCGUAAGUGCUCCUGUCAAUGCCCCAACAUGGAGGAGAGGAGGACCUGCCUGCGGAAGCGGAGCCAGAAUAUGAGGUGGAAUCGGUAUAAGUGCGCCUGCGAAGCCAAGAGGAGGAUCAAACGUUGAAUACAAAAUGGAUGAUUGGAUAUCUCCGUUUGUAGAUAAUGCCGCCGACCGAGACGGCGCUGGCGGGGGAGGACGCGGAAGUUUCUAGAAUGUUCUGGACUGAGACUCUAAAAGACUAAAAGAUUGUCGUUAUCAGUGUACGUAACGUGACUGAUUUAAGUGUCUUAUAGUUGUGUGUUUAAACAGUAUUAUAUUAGGCUUAGGGUAUUAUUUGUUGUUCGACUCAAGACGGGACCAAAAAGUGUUGUGAACACUCUACUGUUAGUCCUUCUCGAUGUACUUAAAUUAGUAUUAUAAUGCUUUCAUUUAAAUUCUUCAGUAUUGUAUACGGCGUCGAGAGCGCGCGAUUCCUAAAUUGUGAUAAACUUAUUCCAUUUAGGUAGUGAAUUAAGUAUUAUAAGCAUUUAUUUUAAGUAUUAAGCUUCUAGUCAAGCUAUGAAUGUAAUUUUAAUUCGGUAGCUCUCUCUUUUUACAAGGAAUAGAUAAAAUAUUGUAAUCAACUUAGUGAAAUUGUACGUAAUUUAACCUAGUCUAGAGUGUGCCAAAGGCAUGGAAUCUCUUGGGGAGUAGGGAUGUGUAUAUUGUAUAUUGUGUAUAAUUAGGUAGCUAUAUGAAGCUUUAAGUGAUCGAAUCACGUUAGUUCUAAGUUCAAGUCCUAAAUAAAAUUUGUACUUAAUUUAUUUCUA